AUGAAACUGGCUUUGGCAGCUCUUCUGCCGGCCUUUGCAGCUGCAGUAUUAUACUCCCCUUCUGUGGCAAUUGAUGCUGGCACAGUUCAGGGUGGAAGAUGUGAAGAUGGACAAAAUGCAGUGUUCUACAAGGCAAUUCCCUUUGCUGAGCCACCUACCAAAGAACUACGCUUCGAACCCCCAAAAGCCUACAAGAGGCAAUUCCCUCGGGGCAGACUGAACGCAACCACUGCGGCCGCAACCUGCAUUCAAUUCUCGGAUGACUUUACCCCGAAAAGAUUGAAUGCAUCUGCGCAUUCAUCCGAAGACUGUCUUUACUUGAACAUUUGGGCACCGUCCAAUGCCACCAAAGGCUCGAAGCUUCCAGUGAAGAUCUGGGUCUACGGUGGCUCGGAAACAGAGGGCUCUAUCUCGGACCCCUUAUAUGAUGGCUGUAACACUGCAGAGGCAGGAUCUAUUCUUGUCUCAAUCAACUACAGACUUGGUCCCCUUGGAUUCAUGGCCCUUGAGACUGCCGGAAUUUACGGCAACCAGGGAAUUCAAGACCUCCUUCUCGGACUAGAGUGGGUUCACGAUAACAUCGCUGCCUUUGGUGGAGAUCCGAAAAAGGUGCUUCUCUUCGGCCAAUCAGCCGGUGCUGAGAACGUAUACAUCAUCGGUUCUCUUCCCCAAGCGCCUUCUUUGAUCAAUAGUAUCAUCUCGGAAUCCGGGGGUGGGAGGAGGCUUGUUUCAAAUUCCACACAGCAAAAAGUCGGCGCCUCAUUCGCUCAAACGCUAAAAUGUAGCUCUGGUGAUAAAGCUUGUCUUCAGUCUAAGACAGUUUCCGACUUGUUGAUCGCGUAUUCGGCCGAUACCUUUUUAACUCAAGGGAUUGGAUACUACGGAGGCGGAUCUCUUAGUAUUCUGAGUCAGGGCACUCACAAUUUCUAUCCCUAUGUUGACGGUAAUGUCAUCAAGGAAGACCCUUACGAUCGUGGAGUACAAGUCCCAGCCGUGUUUGGAUCAAAUUCCAAUGAGGCUAUCGUUUAUACUUUACAAUGGGCCGCCAAAUACCAGCAGAAUCCAACGAAAUCGGUAUACAAAGAUUUCCUUCGCAGCAAUUUCGGCAAUGCCGCCUCGCUUGUUGGAAAAGCCUAUUCACCAUCUUUGUUCAAGUCGGAGGCCAAAGCCAUCAUCGCAGCUACCAGUCAGUUUGCUCAGCUUGGCUACAACACGACCUCGCUGGAAAUACUUUUGGCUAUGACACAGAUCAUAACCGAUUCCAGCUACAGGUGCUCAGCAUGGUACGGUGCGGCACAGGCCGCUCGCAAUAAUAUCCCCGCAUGGACAUACACAUUUUCACACAAUCCUACAUGUCCUUGGCUGUUCACAAUUGAUGAAAGUGAUGUCAGCUUGUUCGGUGGCGCCCAUACCGCUGAAAUUCCCUUUGUUUUUGGCAAUUUGGACAACUCAUAUCUUCCCAAUGGGACUUGCAAUUCUACAUCGGGGGAAUGGCAUCUCGGCGACCAGAUGAUGGACUUGUGGACUGCAAUGGCAGAAAAUGCUAAGCCAUCAACUAAGGAGAUUAAUUGGCCGCAAUUCCAGACCCAAGGGAAGAAUCUUUCGACUCCCAGCCUGAUCUUUGAAAAUUCAAUUCUGGCUGGUACAAUCGACUACACUGGAUGUGAUUUGUGGGUCCAAGUCAAUGCGAUGCUGUCAGCAAGCAACGCCACAGCCACGGGGACACCAACAAAGGCCAACGGCGAUCCAACGUUUUCGCCAUCUUCUCUUCCAAGUAACGGGGCAAUAUCCCUUCUGUCUAGAGUCGAAGGCUAUCUUGCCUUUAGUGUUCUGUUCAUGGGACUGGCUGCAAUCUGA